AUGGCCGCCGCCGAACCAAUCCCCGACACCAUGCUCGCAUGCCAGGUCGUCGAGUUCAAUCAGCCCUACACCAUCCACCGCAUCCCCACCCCCAACCCAUCCACCCUCGGCCCCCACGACCUCCUCGUCAAAAUCGCCGUCUCCUCCCUCUGCCACACCGACUCCAUGGUCGCCCGCGGCACCUUCACGCCCCCCCUCCCCUGCACCGCCUCGCACGAAGGCGCCGGCACCGUCGCCCGCUGCGGCUCCGCCGCCGCGCAAACCUUCUCCCCAGGCGACCGCGUCAUGUGCGGCAUCUACCUGCGCCCGUGCGACGCGUGCGCCGACUGCCUGGCCGGGCGGCCGCAGUACUGCCCCCGCAGCGCGGGGGCCAUCGGCGUGCACACGCACGGCGCCUUCGCCGAGUACGCCGUCGUCGACGCCCGCACCGCCGUGCGCCUGCCCGACGGCGUCACCUUCGCCACGGCCGCGCCCCUCGCCUGCGCCGGCUGCACCGUCUACCGCGGCGUCGUGGUCGCCACGGGGCUGGUCCCCGGCCAGUGCGUGUGUCUCGUCGGCGCCGGCGGCGGGCUGGGCCACCUGGGCGUGCAGUUUGCCAAGGCGCGCGGCCUGUGCGUCGUCGCGGUCGAUGCGCGGGACGAGGGGCUGGCGCUGGCGCGCGAGGCUGGGGCGGAUGUCGUGGUCGAUGCGCGUGCGGGCAAGGAGAGGGUGGUGGAGGAGGUGCGGGCCGUGACGGGGGGUGCGGGCGCGGACGCGACGGUGACGGUGACGGAUGCGAGGGACGCGGCGGCGUUGGCGUGCGCGGUGACCAGGGUGCAUGGGCUGGUGGUGCAGAUUGCGCAGCCCGAUGAGGUCGCGGUCCCGUUUCACGAGCUCGUCUUCCGCGAUAUCAGGAUCCAUGGCUCGCUCGUCUGCUCGCCGGAAGAGGCGCGCGAGAUGAUGAAGGUGGUGUCGGAAAACGGCAUCUCGGUCAGGACGAAUCCCGUCCAGGGCUUGGAGGAGAUCCCGAAGCUGUUGGAGCUGGUGCGGAGCGGGAAGAUGGCGGGCAAGGGGAUCGUGAUUGUCGACCCGAAGCAGAUUGAGCAUGAGAAGACUAUUGGAGCGACCAUCUGA